AUGACCGAUGUUAUUGACAUUGCUGAAGUAGGGGGUGGCAAUCGACCACCACAAAACACAUUGACACGAUUUCUUCAACAUUAUCGGAUUUUGGAAUUUUGUAGUACUGGUGUUGUAUACCUCGUGGCGUUUAUAUUUGCUUCAAUUGAAGUACAUGAACGUCCAAUUCGUGGUAUUAAAGUACGUUUGAAUGCAACAAAUGUAACGUGGUCACUUGAUCCCUCCAUUGACGAGAAGAAAUUGUCGGAAGAAGUGCCAAUGUGGCUUUUGCUAGCAUUGGGUAUUGGUUUGCCAAUUGCGACAAACAUUAUGAUGAAUUAUGUGCUCCCAUUAGUGUGUCAGGUUCGAGUUAUUUUCCAUGAUACACGAGACUUUCUGCUCAGUUUGUUUCAGUCCACGGCAUUAGCUACAUUUCUGACCCAAUUUACGAAAAACAUUACGGGUCGUUUUCGCCCGAGUUUCUACGAUAUGUGCAAGUGGAAUUACGACGUGGUUUGGGAUGGAGUCACUAACUUGUGUAUGGAUCCUGAUGGUGAAAAAGAAGGUCGCAAGAGUUUUCCAUCCGGACAUGCUUCUUUUGCGUGGGCAAGUCUGCUCGUUCUGACGCUCUACUUGUUGGGUCGGUCGCGUCUCAACUCCGAGGAUCGCAGUGAGUCUACGUUUCGAGGGGUCAAGAAGUCUCUGAUGAUGUUCAUGUGCUGUGCGCCGGUUCUACUUGCUUCCUGGAUUGCCAUUUCCCGCUGUAUCGACAACUGGCACCACUACAGUGACAUUCUGGCAGGCAGCGUCAUCGGUGCCGUAUCAGCCCUCUUUGCGUUCAGCUACAAUUAUGGAUCGAUUUUUGGCUGGGAUUCCGCUGGGCUGCCUCUUGAGGAGAUUCACAAGCGUCGCGUGGAGGGAAAGAAAGCCAAGAGUGAAAAUCUUAACCAGUCGCUAUUGUGGCACCCCAAUUUUGACACGCGGGCGCAGCCGCCCAAGCAAAUGUCGAGCGAUUACAUUCUUGACAUGAGUUGUCGCAGCAGAGAGUCGGAACGUUAA